AUGCAUAUUACCUCAACCGUCAGAUCAAUUGGAGCGACAGUUGCCGUUUCAAAGAUCCUAGGGCUAUCUCCAACAAAGACCACCCAUGCAAUCGGUCUCGCAGCAACCCAAGUCACCGGCCUUCGAGAGAUGUUCGGUUCAUACUGCAAAUCAUUCCACGUCGGUCGCUCUGCUCAAAACGGCCUGCUAGCUGCUGUCAUGGCUGAAGGAGGCUACACUAGCAGUCAAGGUGCACUGGAAGCGAAACGUGGCUGGGCUACCGUCGCUGGCACCAACAAGCCAGACGUGCUCCAGAACCUGGAUCUUUGGCUCGGUACAGAGAAUGAGGAUGGCUUAGCUGGUCAAACACUGGCGAUGGAGGGACACAGCCCAGCGCAGAUCGAGUCUAUUGCGGCACAAGUCCACCUCCUUGUCCUAGAACCCGCCGGGAAGAAGACUCCAAAGGAUGGCCUGGAGGCAAAGUUCAGCGUCUACCAUAGUGGCGCAUGCGGUCUCCUCCUCGGCAGAGUCACAUCGUCAGAUUACGAAGACAAUAUUGUACUCGAGCCCGCUGUCAUUGCCAUUCGCGAUCGCACCACAGCAAAGAUCGAUACGAGCAUCGCAGCAGACUCGGCAAGGGUCACUGUUGCUCUUGAAGACGGAGAGGUGUUCACAAACUCGAUCUACAACGCGAGUAUCGUCGUCUGGGACCCCUACAGCUCAUCAACCCAGCGGGUUGUUUCUCUCCCCGGAAUAAGCCACAGCGGCUUGGAAGCUUCAGAUAAAAGACUAUCCGGAACUGUUAUCGACUCCACUAAUGACGUUCUGUCUGCUGUCGUGCAGGCUGACGAAUUCUUCCUAAGUGGGGGAAACGACGUGAGCGGCGAUAACUUAGUCGUCAAGAUCGAUCUGAAUACUUUUGCAGUCAAGCAGAUUAACCUGACGACUACCACCAAGGGCCAGUACGGGGCGUUUAUUGACAUUGAUAAUGGCCUUUCUGGAGACCUUUAUGUUAAUGGUGGUUAUCCAUCCAGUAUCCUUCACAUUGACUGCAAGGAUAAAGUCUCUCCUCUUUACGUCCGCGAACCAACCACUGCUCCACGCCCUUUUGGGUUUGGAGGAGUGGUGCGCGUCAGCGAUAAUCUCAUCGCCAGCGACAAUACCAAUCAUCAGCUCGUCAGGUUCACUAUUCAGAGUGGUCAUAGCUCACCGGUUGUUAUCCCACAGACAAACUAUCACAAUUUCUCCGGUGGAGGUUCCCUAAGCCUACCUCAUAAGUACGGCGGAAAGGUUUUGCUGAUGGCAGAAGACAUCCUUGCUAAAAACACAACCGGGGUCUCUGUGUUCAGCUCCAUGGAUGGCUGGAAAACAGCAAAGUUCGUGGGCUUCAUAGAGAGCAUUGAUAGGAAGUUGGAACCUGCCUCGGUGGCUAUUAGUCAGACUUCUGCGCAUGAGCUUGGCGAUCGCAUUUAUUCGAGCGUGUUGUUCUACGACAACAAGAUUAACCCUUCGAUGGCGGGCAACCGAACUGACUUUGCGCUGCGGGAUAUCACGGAUUCAGUUGACUCCCUGCUACAGGCAAAUGGAUUCUACAUGUAGCGGUGUGACCCUUCUUGGAUAGUGGGUAGGCAAGGGCUAGACGUCGAAUGUAAUAGUAGUCCCUCUCUCGUUUGCUUCCCCACUGGCCAACAUUGAUUGGACUUAGUUGACUUGGUCCUACUCAGUUGCAAAGCCGAUGUUUAUAUACGAAAGCUUUGUCGGCU